AUGGAGGCUUGGCAAAUCAGCAAAAAGGACGCUCGAAGCUUGUACCUGGCAUGCGUAGCUUGGGAGCACCAUGCCUCUGAGCUUGGUCGGGCUCCUCGCCUUCAGAGCAAUCGCAUGCCAAAUUGCGAGUGCGACUUUGAAUUUGCCAAUGUGGAGAACGUUUCAGAGCCGCUGUCCAAGCCUGCGUACAAUGCAGGUGCUUUCUUGUUCUUGAUGAGGACCUACGAGGACCAAAAACUUAUUCGACGACUGGCCCACACUGCAUACUUUGGCGCUCUGGUUGGCGUGCCCAAAGAAAGUUGCAUCUGGCAUCAACCACUCAUCUGCCCACACAAUCUAAAAGCGGUGGAUGGUGACGACUUUGUUGAGAGAGAAAUGGCAAAACGCAUUGCCAGCGGUUCGGUUCGUCUGGCUGCUCCAAAGGAAAGCAUUCUUGUCUCCCUGUCUCCUUUGAGGAUCAAACGUCGACAAGGCAGCAAAGAUCGUCUGAUACACGAUCUUUCCUAUCCCAUCGGCAAGAAAAUCGCACAGAGCGGCGAAAAAACUGCAAAGAGCAUCAACAGCUUCGCGUCUUCUAGCAAGUUGCCACUGGUUCACUUUAGCCUCGACAGCUUCCUCGAAGAUGUGCGUGCUUGCGGCCCUGGCAGCUUCAUUUGGAAGACGGAUAUCCAGGACGCCUACAGGAACAUUCGCUUGGCGAAAGGACAAGCGCAGCUCUUUGGGUUCGUCUGGCGUGACGCUACCUACGUGGAUUGUUCCCUACCCUUCGGCUACACACUUUCGCCCGGCCUCUUCAACAUACGCAUCCCCGAACCAUGCGAGUGGAUCCUUCGGCGCUGGCAAGUGGACGUCCGACACUAUCUAGACGACUUUUUCGGCUGCAGGAGCUCUUUGAGCAAGGCACAAGAGGACUAUAGCCUGACCCGAAAGCUCCUUGACCUUGUUGGAGUGAAGCUUCAUCCACCUGAUACUCCAGGCAAGGACGUUCCACCGGCAACAAAGGUCGAGGUCCUUGGCAUCCAGAUCGACACGGUAGCUUUCACGUUGUCGCUUUCGGACGCAAAGGUGGACCUGACGCUCAAUGCUAUACGAAGAGCCUGCUGUGCUUCGCUUGUAGGCGUGAAACAGCUUCAGAGUCUCGCAGGGCUGCUUUCUGCCGCAACGCGAGUGCUGCCUCUUGGGCGGCCCUUUCUGCUAGAAUUGUCUGCGGCCAUAGAUCUUCCAGAAAGUCAGGGCGCUGAGUUUGGAAAAAGAUCGAUCUCGCCUCAGAUGCAAUUGGACCUGGACUGGUGGCUUGUCGAGCUGCCAAGGCGCAAUGGAAAGCUGAGCAUCCAUCACCCGCCCUUGUACCCCGAGCAGAUCUGGACCGAUGCGAGUGGUCAAGAGGGCAUUGGCGCGCAUAUCGGCCGCGAACAAGGCGAUCCUCGAGCUGUUCUCGUGUCCACAUAUGACGAGGAAAUGACGGCUUGCCAGAUUUACUGCAAAGAGAUGUGGGCUUUGCUGCAAGCCCUGCGACGCUGGACGACACCGGAAUGGGCUGGGCACAAGAUUGUCUGCUGGACCGAUAAUCAUGGCUUAAAGGACGCUAUAUGCGCUUGGCGUACGACUCCCAAGCAUGCUGGAUUGAUCCUUCGACAAAUUGCCAGCUUGUGUCUUGAGGGAGACUUCACCUUGGAAGCGUGCUGGAUACCCACAGAGCUCAACACCCUUGCGGACAGCUUGUCGAGGUUCAAGACUGUCGGCUCUGAGCUGAUUGCGGAUGCCCGAUUGCUGGCUCACACCAACACGCUCGUGCACGCUGUGCGAGCGGAUCAUCACAAGGCAUCUAGAGAGGCGCCACGUACGUGA